UAAAACUGGAUGAGGACUGCAAACAAGAAAAAUACAAUUGCGGUGACGUACAGGAGUCGUACAGUGUGUUUGGUGAUUCAGUGUCAGUGAUGGAGGGAGAUUCUGUUACUCUACACACUGAUGUUACUGAAACAUAUGAAGGCGCUAACAUACUGUGGAAAUUUGGAGCUGAAAAAUCUAUGAUAGCAGAAAUCAGUGGAGUUUAUGGAAUCUUCACAUCUGAUGUUCCUGAUGGGAGAUUCAGAGACAGACUGAAGCUGGACAGUAAAACUGGAUCUCUGACCAUUACAAACAUCACAACUGAACACGCUGGACUCUAUGAAGUACAGAUAAGUGGAAUAACACAGCCAUCAAAUAAAUACAUUUUAAAAAAAAUCAACCAUACAAUUUUUGUCUAUGCUCGUCUGCCAGCUCCUAACAUUACCAGAAAUUUUUCACAAAAUCUUUCACCAUCAUCACAGCAGAAUUGUUCAUUGUUGUGUUCAGUGGUAAAUGAGAGAAAUUUGAGUCUCUCCUGGUACAAAGGAAACAGUUUAUUGUCCAGCAUCAGUGUGUCUGAUCUCAGCAUCAGUCUCUCUCUACCUCUGGAGGUGGAAUAUCAGGAUAAAAACACCUACAGCUGUGUGCUCAACAAUCCCAUCAGCAACCAGACCACACAUCUGGACAUCUGUGAACUCUGUCACACAUGUGCAGAUCAAGGCCUACCUUUAUCGUACAUAGUGUUGAUUUCUGCUGCUGCUGGAUCUCUGUUGAUUGUAGUUUCAGUCGUGAUGUGUUGCAUCUGCAAGAAACAUAGAAAAACAGUUGAGAUCCAGGAGGAAGACAGAACUGGUUCAGCAUUGUGUAAACCAGCAACAAGAAAAACGAAAUCAAAGGCGGAACAUGUGUAUGAAAAUAUACCCAAAAAACGAUGAUCAAAUAAGCCAUCUAUCUGCUGCAGACAAUUCUAGAGAACAAUACCUCAAAUUUAUUCUUUUCCAGGAUGUCUCUGUUUUGUUUUCACUCUUUCUAUCACAUCUAUUGAUGUUAUUGUGUAAAAUAAAACACAAUAUUUUAUUUUAAUUUAGUUGUUCAGUUGCAUAGCCAACAGAAAUGUACCUAGUGUUAAUUAAUAAAUAGCUAUUAUUCCUACUCUUCA